GCUUCAAAAACCUUUGGAAGUUGGAACAGUCUUGUUAAGUUUAGCUCACAGCUUGUUGGGUGAGCAAAAGACCUCCUGGAUAUAACUGUUAUCGUACCCUAUAAUACAAGUGGAGUCAAAACCUUCAUAACCAUUUCAAGUGCUGUACCUGUGUACUUUCAAUUUAGUUGUUCAUAUUUUAGCUUACUCAAAUUAAGAAAUUUCAGAGACUUUCUCAUGCAAUCCAGCUUGUUGUAUUCAGUUUCUAGUAAUUCUGCAAACUUCCACCUGUUGUGGGCUUCAAGCCCUUACAAAUUUCCUUCACCCAAACCCGCAAAACUCGUUUGUCCAAAAACCCUUCUUAAACCUUUGUCAGUGUCAAACUCUGUCAGAACCUCGUUCAACUUUCAAAAAGACUUCGACUUUGAGGGAGAAAAUCAGAACCUCAAAUUUGAAGAACCAGAUAAAGGUCAACCAGGGAACUCUUAUCACCUCCCAAUUGUUAUUCGCGAGUCGGGAACAGUUUUGAGGUACUCGUGGGAUGGGAGGAGCUUGAAAUUGGUGUCUCUUGAUGGGAAGUCUUUUUCUUUAUGGGACUUUGUUGUUGAUUUUGAGGAUGCGGCAAGGAAGUUGGUUCGGAUAUGCGGCUCUGCUUUGAGGGAUUUCUUUUUACCUAGAGAAGUUAGUGAGAAUUAUAAGCAGUAUGUGAAAUGGAAGUUCUUGCACCGAGUUUUCAGCUCUGCCCUUCAAGUCCUUGCUACUCAGGCAAUGUUCCGGGCUAUUGGAAUAGGUUACAAACGUUCUCUUCCAUCAGCUGCAGCCUUGAAUUGGGUAUUGAAGGAUGGUCUUGGACGGUUGAGUAGGUGCAUUUACACUGCUAGCCUAGCAUCUGCCUUUGACACAAAUCUGAAGAGAGUCAGGUUUUCAACAUCUGUCCUUUUUAGUUUGAGCAUUGGAGUUGAGUUGCUGACGCCUGUAUUUCCCAAUUACUUCUUGCUGCUUGCUACUGUUGCCAACAUUGCUAAGCAAAUAAGUCUGGCCUGCUACUUGGCAACUGGUACAACUGUGCACAGAAGCUUUGCCAUUGCUGAUAACCUUGGUGAAGUGUCGGCAAAGUCACAGAUUCAAACAGUUUGCUUUGAUAACCUUGGCCUUUUGCUAGCUGCACUGUUGAAUAUUGCACUGAGAAAUAACCAAAGGUUGCAGGCAGCUCUUCCAUUUGUGGUGUACCCAAUAUUCUCGGCGAUUGAUCUUUUCGGGAUUUAUCAAGGGCUGAAACAUGUCCAUCUCCAAACACUAACCAAGGAUAGGCUUGAGAUCAUAAUAAAUGCCUGGUUUCAGCAAGGAUAUGUACCAUCACCCGCUGAAGUAAGUAAAGACGAAGGCAUCGACUUCUUCUGGACUAAAGGCAGGGAACUUUGGCCUAUUAGAAUUGGUUGCUUAAAUCUAAGAGGUCAACUGCCAGAGUUAGCCAGCUUGACAAUGCAAGCUUUAACCAAUGAGGACUUCUACUUCCUCUGCAUGGAGAAUUUCAACAAUGGAAUGACAAGAAUCGGUCAAGUAUGCAUGGGUUGUUGAAUUGAUAUAAAUGUUUUUUCAGUUCAAUGGCUUGAGCUCUGCUCUAAUUAUGCUCUUUUUUAUUUGUUAUCUUUGAAGGAGAAACCCAUGCAUGGGAUCGUUCUCUGUGUACGAGAAGGAGCAUCUGCUUUAGAUGUAAUGAUGGGUCUAUUGCAGGUGAAAAGAAUUUCUCUUCCCUUUUCUUGUUGAUCAUCUUCUUUUGGGUGAUGAAAAUGGUUUCUUUAAGCUAAUGUGAUCAAUAUAAUAGCUCAGUUCUUCCUGUGUAUUUAGGCAUGUUAUAUCCGUAGAGAUCUUCUAAUGAAUGGGAUCCAGUGUGAGAAUAGUGAACCUUUAGGCUGCCCUUAUCCAGCUCUUCAAGAAUGGUUUAAAUUAAUCGAGGAUAGCAAGCAAUUAGCACAAGUGAAUGUGAAACUGCUAGUGGAUGAAAUGUGUGCUUUGGGUUGGGCCUGUAAACACAUCCUACUGACUGCACAAGAACAAGUUAGAUAUAGUUUUGUAGCUAGCUGACAAUGUGCCCAGCGCCUUGCCCGUAUUGGGGCUGAGAUGGGUUCUCGAUAGCAAAAUUGAUCAAAAUGGUUGGGUAAAGUCCACAUUUUAAAGCCGAUCAAUCAUCUAUGUCCAGAAGAAAAAUUCAUCAGGUUACAGAAUUGCAUUUUCGUCAUAACCUUAGGCCAUUGAAGAAUGGGAGAAGUAAGAUCUUAUGUGAUAUGUUGGUGAUCAUUAAAGGAAGCAUGGUUACUACGCAUUCAUUUUAUUGUGUAUUGCACCCAAUGCCAGCGAUGGCUGAAAUUGUUUCAAACUGUAAAGAGAAUUUUGCUACAUACUUAUCUACAUAUGAAAAUGAUGAUUUCCUUCUUGCA